AUGGCGGCGCCCAGCGAGCGCUGCCGUUUCGGCGCCGGGAGCCUCUUCUCUUUCCUGCCCGGCGGCGCGCGCUCCGAAGUGACGGACGACCUGGUGACGGACGCGCGCGGCCGCGGCGCGGGGCGGAGAGAAUCCGCUGCUUCGGCCUGGGCGCCAUCCGCGGGGCCGGCGUCCGACCCUCCGGCCUCGGAGCUCGCCUCCCCGCGGCGGCCCUGCCGGGCCUGCUUGGACUUCAAGUCGUGGAUGCGCACGCAGCAGAAGCGGGACAGCAAGUUUAGGGAGGAUUGCCCUCAGGAUCGCGAGGAACUGGGCCGCCACAGCUGGGCUGUCCUCCACACCCUGGCUGCCUACUACCCCGACCUGCCCACCCCAGAGCAGCAGCAGGAUAUGGCUCAGUUCAUACAUUUAUUUUCCAAGUUUUACCCAUGUGAAGAGUGUGCCGAAGACAUAAGGAAAAGGAUAUACAGGGACCAGCCAGACACGCGCACUCGGAUGAGCUUCACCCAGUGGCUCUGCCGUCUGCACAACGAGGUGAACCGCAAGCUGGGCAAGCCGGACUUCGACUGCUCACUGGUGGACGAGCGCUGGCGCGACGGCUGGAAGGACGGCUCCUGUGACUAG